UCAGCUUUCAAGCGCGAAGAAUUCAGAAUGCCUUCCCACGAGGCUCCACAUGCUGCCACUGGCAACGAUGGCUCGUCAUCGUUCCUCGCCGACAAGUCCGCCAAAGUCUUCCUCGCUGGCCACAAAGGCAUGCUGGGCUCCGCCGUGCACCGGCGCCUGACCGCGCUGGGCUUCACCAACGUCGUCGGCCGCUCCCGCGCGGAGCUGGACCUCACCUGCGAGGCCGCGGUGCGCAAGUUCUUCGACGCCGAGCGGAUCCGCUACGUGAUCCUCGCCGCGGGCAAGGUGGGCGGCCUGCACGCCAGCUCGGCCGCGCCGGUCGACUUCAUGACCGAGAACCUCCGCAUCACCACGAACGUCCUCGCUGCCGCCCGCCUCUGCGGCACCGUGCGCAAGCUGCUCUUCCUCGCCACCUCCGCCGUCUACCCCGUGGACGCCCCCCAGCCGAUCCCGGAGUCCACGCUCCUCGCCGGCCCGCCGGCGCCGGGGAACGAGUGGUAUGCCAUCCCCAAGAUCGUGGGCAUCAAGAUGUGCCAGGCCUACCGCGCCGAGCUCGGCAUGGACGCCAUCGUGGCGGCGCCCAACAACCUGUACGGCCCGCGAGAGCCGUUCCCGUCGGAGAGCUCCCACGUCAUCCCGGCGCUCAUCCGCCGCUUCCACCGCGCCAAGGCCGCCGGCGCCCCCGAGGUCGCCGUCUGGGGCUCUGGCCUCCAGCUGCGCGAGUUCACGCACGCCGACGACGCCGCGGACACCAUCGUGCUGCUGAUGGACAGGUACUCGGGCGCCGAGCACAUCAAUGUCGGGAGCGGGCGCGAGGUGACGGUGCGCGAGCUCGCGGAGAUGGUGAGGGAGGUGGUGGGGUACCAGGGGCGGAUCGUCUGGGACACGAGCCGGCCGGACGGCGUGAUGAGGCGGCUGCUGGAUAGCUCCAAGAUGAGGGCGAUGGGGUGGGAGCCCAAGGUGGAGCUGCGGGAUGGGCUCAAGAAGCUGUACGAGGGGUACCUGCGUGGCAGCGUCGUCACCAACGUUGAAAGCAUGAACAGAUGAACUCGAUCAAGCGUACAUGGACUCCGUGUAUCUGAGAGACUGUGAGACUCAACUGGUGCAGCUUGCUCUGUAAUAAACUGGUUAAAAUAUUUGAAUUGCAUGGAGAGGAUUAUUCAAUA